AUGUUACGGUGGACAGUGCACCUGGAGGGCGGGCCCCGCAGGGUGAACCAUGCCGCUGUGGCCGUGGGGCACCGGGUAUACUCCUUCGGGGGCUACUGCUCAGGCGAAGACUAUGAGACGCUGCGCCAGAUUGAUGUGCACAUCUUCAACGCCGUGUCCUUGCGUUGGACAAAGCUGCCCCCGGUGAGGCCCGCUGCCCGCGGGCAGGCUCCCGUGGUACCCUACAUGCGGUAUGGACACUCAACCGUCCUCAUCGAUGACACGGUCUUCCUUUGGGGCGGGCGGAAUGACACCGAAGGGGCCUGCAAUGUGCUCUAUGCCUUUGACGUCAAUACUCACAAGUGGUCAACACCCCGAGUGUCAGGAACGGUUCCUGGGGCCCGGGAUGGACAUUCGGCUUGUGUCCUGGGCAAGACCAUGUACAUUUUUGGGGGCUACGAGCAGCUGGCUGACUGCUUUUCAAAUGACAUCCACAAGCUGGAUACCAGCACCAUGACGUGGACCCUGAUCUGUACAAAGGGCAACCCUGCACGCUGGAGGGACUUCCACUCGGCCACAAUGCUGGGCAGUCACAUGUAUGUCUUUGGGGGCCGGGCCGACCGUUUUGGGCCAUUCCAUUCCAACAAUGAGAUUUACUGCAACCGCAUCCGUGUCUUUGACACGAGGACUGAAGCCUGGCUGGACUGUCCACCCACCCCAGUGCUACCCGAGGGACGCCGGAGCCACUCAGCCUUUGGCUACAACGGGGAGCUGUACAUUUUUGGUGGCUAUAACGCAAGGCUGAACCGGCACUUCCAUGACCUCUGGAAGUUUAAUCCUGUGUCGUUUACCUGGAAGAAGAUUGAACCGAAGGGCAAGGGGCCAUGUCCCCGCCGGCGCCAGUGCUGCUGUAUUGUUGGUGACAAGAUUGUCCUCUUUGGGGGCACCAGUCCGUCUCCAGAGGAAGGUCUGGGGGAUGAAUUCGACCUCAUAGAUCAUUCUGACUUACACAUUUUGGACUUCAGCCCUAGUCUGAAGACUCUGUGCAAACUAGCUGUGAUUCAGUACAACCUGGACCAGUCCUGUUUGCCCCAUGACAUCAGGUGGGAGCUGAAUGCCAUGACCACCAACAGCAAUAUCAGUCGCCCCAUCGUCUCCUCCCAUGGGUAG